ACUGUCAUUCCACUUUACAUCCCACAGUGUGGAGAAUGCAAAUUUUGUCUAAAUCCUAAAACAAACCUUUGCCAGAAGAUAAGAGUCACUCAAGGGAAAGGAUUAAUGCCGGAUGGUACCAGCAGAUUUACUUGCAAAGGAAAGACUAUUUUACAUUAUAUGGGAACUAGCACUUUUUCUGAAUAUACAGUUGUGGCAGAUAUCUCUGUUGCUAAAAUAGAUCCUUCAGCACCCCUGGAUAAAGUGUGUCUGCUGGGUUGUGGCAUUUCAACCGGUUAUGGUGCUGCCAUAAACACUGCCAAGGUGGAGCCUGGCUCUACUUGUGCCAUCUUUGGCCUAGGAGGAGUUGGAUUGGCGACUAUCAUGGGCUGUAAAGUAGCUGGUGCAUCCCGGAUCAUUGGUAUCGACAUCAAUAAGGAUAAAUUUGCAAAGGCCAAAGAGUUUGGAGUUUCUGACUGUAUUAACCCACAGGACUUCAGUAAACCCAUUCAGGAGGUGCUUGUUGAGAUGACAGAUGGAGGGGUGGACUACUCCUUUGAGUGCAUUGGUAAUGUGAAG